CCACGGAACUGAUUUGCCAAACAGUCUCUAACCAACGGGGAUACCAGACGACCGUUUCUAGACUAAGCCCCGGAGAUGUCCGGAGCAUGCAUCCUUUACAUAGGGUAGGCUAGACAUCACAAAGUAUUGAAAUCCAAGAACUCACUAAUGAUCAGUUUCUACCGGCCAGAGAAUGCAAAUGCUAUCCUGCACGCUGUUAUUAUCUAUCCACACAGCACUCCAUUACGUACAGAACUAUAUAAUCCCAACAGUCUCUUGAUACAGUGUGUUCUAAACCCUUCAAUUAAAAUAUCUAACACUGCUGCAUCUUCCCUGCUCAUUGUCUUUUCAACUGAGGAGACUAUGGUAAGACUAAUUGUCCACGUUAACCCAACCGGAGUGCGCUAAUUGUCAGGGUCUACAUACUCCCACUGACAAAAGCC